AAAACAGAUAAGAUACUCGAUUCUUUCAUAGAAGAAAGAAGAAUACGAUGGAAGUUUAUAACACCCCAUUCUCCAUGGAAAGGAGGGUUCUACGAGAAAAUGAUAGGAGUAACAAAGAAAAUUUUAACGAAGAAUUUAGGUAUAGAAGCGAUUAGCCUGAACGAGCUCGCCGCAUUACUGAGUGAAGUAGAGAACAUCGUGAACAAUCGACCUUUAACUAACAUAGCCUCAUGUUUCGAUCGAGUGAUAACGCCAUUAAGCUUAGAGGUGUACCACCCAAGUAACUUAAAACACAACUCCCUCGACAGUGAGAGGAAAGAUCUGAUAGAAAACAAGAAUGAUGUUAAAACAUGGAUGGAGAAAAACAACAAGAUAAUAAGAAACAUUUGGGAAGAUUGGUCAGCAAUUUAUAUAGAAGAACUAAGAGUGAACCAUACACGCUUCGGUAAAGGUGGAAAUUACAGUAUACAAACCCCCAAAGUGGGAGACAUUGUAAUGUGCGUAGAAAGCAACACUAAAAGAAACAAAUGGCCUUUAGCCAGAAUAGAGCAGCUUAUCGUUUCUGAAGACGGUCAAAUAAGAACAGUAAUAAUAAGAAAUAAGGAACACAAUAAGCUCCGAAAAUCGGUAAAUCACUUGAUUCCUCUUGAACUGGAUCAACAGGAUACCGUAUCCACAAGUGUUCAUAUUGGAAAAGACGUACAGAACAAACAGCCAAUCAGAGACGAGCAAGUAUUCAAACAGCCAAUCAGAGACGAGCAAGUAUUCAAUCAGCCAAUCAGAGACGAGCUACUACUGGGUCAACCAAUAGGCGAGGAAUCGGGUGAAAGUACACUUACAGGCGCUACAGUACACACAGUACAGAAAAAAACGAACGAGAACGAGAAAGAUGAACUCAAUACAGUACAAAACAGUACAGUUCAGCAUGAAACACAUAGGAAAGAUAUAUCUUCUAUCAAAGAGAGAAAUUUGGGAAAACACGAAGUAAGAGGUUUUAAUGGAGCAUGGGAAGAAAGACUCAGAGAUAUUCCCAAGAAAAGCUAUAGUAGAUAUUUUUAG